AGUUAUCUAUUUAGAACUAGUUUACAUGUGGAGUGCUUAAAUCAAAUUAAUUUAUUGGACGAUUUAAAAUCAAGUUUAGUGAAAGUUUUUGAUCGUGAAAAAUGAGUGUUGAUGUGUCGAAAAUCGGUGGAAUUGGUGCAUACUAUUACGAAAACUGUAAGAAACAUGGCGAUAAAGUUUACAUAAUAAACGAAAAAACUGGUGAAAAAGUAACAUACAAUGAAUAUCUAACCUAUGCAAUACGUAUCGCUCUAAGACUGCAGGAAAUUGGUGUUGGUGAAGGAGAUGUCGUAGUAUUUUGUAGUAAUAAUUGUAUAGAUGCAGUCACAAUCCCAUUAGCCAUACUUUUACUGGGAGCUAUCGCAGCACCUGUAGGAUCUGAUUAUUUAGACAAAUAUAAAGAAGCCUUUUUAGUAUGGACAAAACCUAAAGUAUUAUUUUGUGAUCAACCAAAUGAAAGAUUUUUCAGGCAAUUAAUAGAAAAGAAUAAUUUAGAAACAAAAGUAUUUGUAUUUGAAUCGUCACUAUACAUUGAAUUAAAAUCAAAACACAAUGAAGAAGAUAAUUUCAUUCCAUUCAAUGUUGAAAAACCAUAUGAAACCAUUGCAAUUAUAAUAUGCACAAGUGGAAGUACAGAUAAUUUUAAAGCUGUUAAUAUGUUGCAUGGCACUUCAUUAGAUUAUCAAAAACAGUAUCUAGAAAGUGAAAAAUUUUUAGACGUUGCAUUGAUAAAUUUUCCAUAUGUGGCAGGAUCUGGUAUUUUGAUAGGUAGUUUAGUUUCUUGCGUGGGCGGUACAGUGGUUUUAUUAGCAAACUUUUCAAUACAAAAUUGUGUCAAGACAAUUCACAACUUUAAGGUUACCCAUUUGCGUGUUAUCCCAGAAAUGUUAUUAUCAAUCGCUCGUUCAUCGUUACUGGAUAAAUAUAGUUUAGCAAGUGUAAAAUAUAUUUGCGUGUACGGCUCACCAAUAUUCCGUUCUCAAAUCCAAGAAUGUCAAAAAAAAUUUACUAAUGCCUAUAUAAUGAAUACUUAUGGAUGUUUGGAAGCACCAACCAUAUUUAAAUUUGAUAUUGAAGAUGGUAAAGAUUACAUAUUGAGUAAAGGUGAUUCAGUGGGGAAAUUAUGGCGCAAAGAUGUGGAAGUUAAGCUAAUUGAUCCAGAAACGGGUAAAGAAGUAAAAAAACCAGAACGUGGUGAAUUAUAUGUACGUGGAAAACAAUUAUUCAAUGGAUAUUAUAAAAAUCCAGAAGCUACGAAAAAAUUUCUGGAUGAAGAUGGUUGGUUCCGAACGGGAGAUUUAGGCUACUUUGAUGAAGAUGACUGUUUAUAUAUACUAGGUCGAAAAGAAAUUGUUUUGAAUAUUAAUGGAAGCAAAAAGAUAUCACCCACAGAAAUCGAAAGGGUUGUUGUGGAACAUCCAGCUGUUUCCGCCUGUUGUGUAAUUGGUAUACAAAAGAAUCAACUUGAUGAACCAAUGGCUGUUAUAAUGAAAAAACCGGGAGUACAAGCAACUGAGGAUGAUAUUAUUAAAUUUGUAAAAGAACGUUUACCCGAAGAGAAACAAUUAAAAUAUGUAGCAUUUGUUAAAGAUUUUCCUCGAACCCCAGUAGGUAAAAUUCGUGUAGCAGAGGUUCGAUCGAGAUUUAAUAACAAACCGAUGUAAUUAUGUAAAAAAAAUAAAUUAAUUUUUAUUGAUGAAA